AGAGUCUCAAACAUGUUAUUUCACUCGGAAAAUGCAGGAGGGAACUGUGAGUCUUGACUGCCAGUUGGAUGACGGUGGGAGAUGAUGAUAAAGGUGCUGUUAAUUUGUGUUAGCAAAACAUGGAAAAUACAAAAUCAAAGCCAUCAGGUGCACAAUUUAGAAAGACGAGGACAGAAGAAGAGGAGAAACGGGCCAAAGAUAAAGGUAUGGAGCUCUAGCACCACUUUAUGUACACCACAUUAUGGAACGUACAUGACCAAAUAAGCGAAGGUUACUUGGUGGCUAUAGACUAACUGCCGUUCAUUUUGUUUGUUUUCUUGACUGAGUUUGAGGGCACCACCGCUUCCAUCCGCCCAGGGUGUCAUUCAAGCUAGACCCGCCACUGCCACUGGCAUGCUAUAUGCAGACUGUUGCAUGGACAACUCACUAGCAGUAAAUAGUAAUAUAUUAACAAUCUCACUAUAGCAAGCCAUUUGCAACCCUUCAGAGUUGGAGUUAUGUCGGGGGGGGGAGUUCAUGGGCCCUAGAAUUCCUGGCGGCGCCUCUGAGUUAGUGCAUAAAAACGCUGUGAGCGACUUUUGUGGAACUUUUCAGAAUAGUGUACAGCACAUGUCUUUCGGUGUGCUGCCCCUCCUCCUUGAACUGCUGCGUGGGCUGUAUGAUGGCGCAACAACAUGCAGCAGCAUCACUCUUGUGCCAAGAGCGUUCUAAGCAAACACCUUAUCUGAAAACGAAAGUGCUUUGAAGACAUUGACCGGGGGAUUCACAAUGAAGAAGCGAUUUUAGAGAUCCACACGAUCCCGUGAUGAACGCGUCUUCCCCGCAGCGUGGAGUGCUGAUUCUCCAAAGUCUGUGGGACCACGUGAGGAGUGAACACAAAGAGGUCCUACUGUCUCCUUACCUGCCGGCUUUCAGCGCCUUCUUAUUCCACGUCACGUUCUGCGCACCUUUCCUGGUGCUGGAUGCCCUGGCCGGCGUCAGUCAGCUGGUCCGCUCCUGGAGGAUCUCCACGAAGCCGCCGUCGCCUCUCUGCCAAUGGUUGGCGUGUCUGUGGAGGAUUGUGGUCCGCUACCUGACCGCGGUGCUGCCCGCCACCGCGCUCCUUCAGACACUGCGGAGUCCCGCGGUUCUCCCUGAGCAGGCUCCCACCUGCUGGCAGGUUUUUGUGGAGGUUUUUGCCUGUUUGCUGAUUUUUGACACCUUGUUUUUUGUAUGGCACUUAUGCAUGCACAGGGUUCCUUGGCUUUAUUGCAACAUCCACCAGCAGCACCACCAGCACCAGAUAUCCUUCGCCCUGCAGGCCCAAGACGCCAGCACCUCCGAACUGCUGUCCCUGCUGCUACUGGCACUGGUGAGUGCCUGGCUGGUGGACUGCCACCCCAUGAGUGAGGCCCUCUUCCACCUUCUUAACACUUGGCUGGCAGUGGAGGACCACUGCGGCUACAGUUGGGGUCUGCACAGGCUGCUGCCUCUUCUGGGGGGAGCCCCCCACCACCACACUCACCAUGUCCUGCACAAAGUCAACUAUGCGCCCUAUUUCACGCACUGGGACCACCUGUUUGGUUCAUACUGUGGGGAUUUCUCCUGAUGAAGUCUUAGGGCAUUUUGUGAUUUGAUAAAAUAUUAACAAUAUGAUUAUAUUUUUAUUGCAUACUUUCUUAGUAACAUUAUAUGUGGCCUUUUAUGCAAGAAUGAACUGAUAAGGGAUGGUGGUGGAUGCUGGUUAUAGCUGCCUAUUUAACACGCAGAUAUCAUUUUGUUUGGUAAAUAAGUCAUUUGUGUAUGGCAAUAUGGGGGUUGUCUAUACAACACAGUUGUAGCUUGCCUGCGUAGGUACUGCCUUGAUGAUAUGAUAUCAGAAUACUGCAUGCAGGUGCAGCUGUGGCACAUUAAUAUGCCUCAAGUGCACCCGUUUCAAUUCAGACUUCGAAAGGCAUUCCAUUUUCUGAGCCAAAUGUCUGUGCCUUAAAUUUGAGGUAGCAAAGGCAGAUUUUGAGCCAUUUUAACGCACGUGCAAUAAUUACAGUUGUGUGCUCAGGCACAUCGCUGCGCUCUGUCACUCUUUCCCUCGCUCGCUCUCUCUCGUCGCUGAACGCUUGUUUCGGGGCGAGGAGAGGCGGUGUACGUGCGCUAGUACCUCCGGUCGGGUUUUGGGGAUUGUGUGCCUAGAGGGCGGCAAGGCGUACGGCCGUGUCCAGUGGUCAGAAUGCGUGCCCGUUGGUCGCUCUCCGAGUGGGGAGGGCACUAAUGUAAUAACACAUUAUUUUUCUAACAUUCUUGCGGUCGACAGGCAAAGUCCCUAAGAUCGACUAGUAGCUCACGAUCGACCGGUAGGUGACCACUGCCCUAAACGAAACCAGAACCAAAAACAGGACAGCCGGUCACAGCGGGACAAACAAGAACUAAAAACUAAUAGGAUGAAAAGAAACCCAGCGUGCUGCCCGGUGUCAUGCCAGCAGCCAGCACGAAGCAGCUAAGUGGCCCUGGAGCAUGACGAGGUGGAAACGAGCCGACAAAGGUAGCACAGAGCAGAGGGCAGAGCACACCUGCACCCAUUUAUAGGCGCCAGAAAGGGUGUGGCUAAUCAGCUGCUUGUUCUUAUUGACAGGCAAUGUUCCUAUUAAUACAAGCUAGUCAACCAUCCAAAUGAUUUCUUGAAACUAAAGUUUCUACGUAUUAUUGCUUCAGUAAUUGUCCAAAAUGUGAAACGUGAUUAUCGUGUUGAUUUUAAGUCUUCAUUUACUGUGGACUGUAAAAUUCUGUAUGCAUUUUGUAACAUAAAGUACAGUAUGUGAUGAUAUAAAGUCU